AUGGCGGAGCGUUACAUCCCCGAGCAUCGUCGCACCCAGUUCAAGGCCAGAAACCAGUUCCGGCCCGAAGAACUCCGUCGUCGUCGUGAGGAACAGCAAGUCGAGAUUCGGAAGCAAAAGAGAGAGGAGAACCUGUCCAAGAGGAGAGGUAUUCAGACCCGGGAUGGUGGAAUUGGUGUUGGAGGCGGCGUGGCCGCCACUGAGAGCGAUGAUGAAGCCAGUGCCAUCGAGAGUGAGCUCAAUGUGGAACUUCCGGAGAUGGUCAAGGGUGUUUUCUCCAACCAGAUUGAGUCACAGAUUGCCUGCACAACCAAGUUCAGGAAGCUGCUCUCCAAGGAGCGCAACCCUCCCAUCGAGCGUGUUAUCGAAACAGGCGUCGUGAGCCGUUUCGUGGAAUUCCUCCGGUCCGCGCAUACUUUGGUUCAGUUCGAGGCUGCUUGGGCUUUGACCAACAUUGCCUCCGGAUCUGCCCAGCAGACCCAGGUUGUUAUCGAAGCUGGUGCUGUGCCUAUCUUCGUCGAGCUUCUGAGCAGCCCUGAACCCGAUGUUAGGGAGCAAGCAGUUUGGGCAUUGGGUAACAUUGCUGGAGACAGCCCUCAAUGCCGUGACUUCGUUCUUGGUGCCGGCGCCCUCCGUCCUUUGUUGACCCUCAUCAGCGACGGCCGCAAGCUGAGCAUGCUUCGCAACGCAACAUGGACUCUGAGCAACUUCUGCCGUGGAAAGACACCGCAGCCCGAUUGGAACACUAUUGCCCCUGCCCUCCCCGUCCUCGCUAAACUCAUUUACAUGCUUGAUGAUGAAGUGUUGAUCGACGCAUGCUGGGCUAUUUCCUAUCUGUCUGAUGGCGCCAACGACAAGAUCCAGGCCGUUAUCGAAGCUGGCAUUCCUCGUCGCUUGGUGGAACUCCUCAUGCACGCCUCUACCUCCGUCCAGACUCCCGCCCUCCGUUCUGUUGGUAACAUUGUGACCGGUGACGAUGUCCAGACUCAGGUGAUCAUCAACUGCGGUUCUCUCCCUGCCCUUCUCUCUCUCUUGAGCUCGACAAAGGACGGUAUCCGCAAGGAAGCUUGCUGGACCAUUUCCAACGUGACCGCUGGUAACUCCAGCCAGAUCCAGGCUGUCAUUGACGCUGGCAUUAUCCCCCCAUUGAUCAACUUGCUUGCCAACGGUGACUUCAAGACCCGCAAGGAGGCCUGCUGGGCUAUCUCCAACGCCACCUCCGGUGGUCUGCAAAAACCCGACCAGAUCCGCUACCUUGUCUCUCAAGGAUGUAUCAAGCCCCUCUGCGACCUCCUUGCCUGCCCUGACAACAAGAUCAUCCAGGUUGCUCUCGACGGCCUGGAGAACAUUCUCAAGGUUGGUGAGAUGGACAAGGAAACUGCCCAGACUGGCGACGCCCGUGUCAACCGCUACGCCCUGUUCAUUGAAGAGGCAGGCGGUAUGGAGAAGAUUCACGAUUGCCAGAACAACGCAAACGAGGAGAUCUACAUGAAGGCAUACAACAUCAUCGAGAAGUACUUCUCUGAUGAGGAAGAAGCUGGUGGUGACAUUGAUGAAAUUGCUCCUCAGCAGACACAAGCAGGUUUCACCCUUGGAACUGCUCAGCAACAGCCUGGUGGAUUCAACUUUGCCAACGGCGGUGAUUCGAUGGAUAUGUAA